CCGCCGUCCACUGUCCCCGCAGAACCCUACUUGGAACUUGGAACCAAGCCACCGCCCGCAUCGACUGGAGCUACUCCGCCGCCGGGGAUGGAGGACAUCGAGGACGUUUUGGGACCGGCCGGGUUUUCCGACGGCGGAGCGCCUCCCGGGCUCCGCCUCCCCCUUUCCACCGUCGCCGUCAAGCCCAAGCGCAGGUCGUCCAGGCUCACGCAGACGCAGCCCCAGCCCGAUGCCCGGAUCCCAGGCACGCAGACUAUAUAUGUGAAGACAUUUGGGUGCUCACAUAACCAGAGUGACAGUGAAUACAUGUCGGGGCAGCUUUCAGCAUUUGGAUACGCAAUCACUGAAGAGCCUGAAGGAGCUGAUUUGUGGCUAAUUAACACAUGCACUGUGAAAAAUCCAAGUCAAUCUGCCAUGACAACUCUCAUAUCAAAAUGCAAGAGUGCAAACAAGCCACUGGUUGUAGCUGGCUGUGUACCGCAAGGAAGCCGGGAUCUGAAGGAGCUUGAAGGUAUUAGUAUAAUAGGAGUGCAGCAGAUAGAUCGGGUUGUUGAAGUAGUUGAGGAAACCUUAAAAGGGCACGAGGUUCGUCUGUUGAGUCGGAAAACACUGCCAUCUCUUGAUUUACCUAAGGUUCGAAAGAAUAAAUUUAUCGAGAUUCUUCCCAUAAAUGUUGGGUGUUUAGGUGCUUGUACUUACUGCAAGACAAAGCAUGCCCGUGGUCAUCUGGGAAGUUAUACUAUAGACAGCUUGGUAGAUCGUGUGAAAAUUGUUGUCUCGGAAGGUGUUCGGGAGAUAUGGUUAAGCAGUGAAGAUACUGGUGCUUAUGGCAGGGAUAUCGGCACAAAUCUUCCAAAUCUCUUAAAUGCAAUUGUUGCCGAGCUUCCUGCGGACAGAAGUACAAUGCUUCGCAUUGGCAUGACAAAUCCCCCUUUCAUUCUGGAGCAUUUGAAUGAGAUAGCUAGUGUUUUGCGCCAUCCUUGUGUUUAUACUUUCCUUCACGUUCCUGUGCAGUCAGGAAGUGAUGUUGUUUUGAAGGCAAUGAAUCGUGAAUACACUGUCAGUGAGUUCAGGAUGGUUGUUGACACUCUGUGUGAGCUUGUCCCUGGCAUGCAAAUCGCCACAGAUAUUAUUUGUGGCUUCCCUGGCGAGACUGAUGAAGAUUUUGCUCAAACUGUUAGCCUUGUGAAGGAAUAUCAGUUACCUCAAGUUCACAUAUCACAGUUUUACCCCAGACCAGGAACACCUGCUGCUAGGAUGAAGAAAGUGCCUAGCAUUGAAGUGAAGAAACGGAGUCGUGAAUUGACCUCAGUUUUCGAAGCUUUUUCACCAUACGAAGGAUUGAAAGGCAGAGUGGAGAGGAUAUGGAUCACUGAAAUAGCCACUGAUGGUGUUCAUUUGGUUGGACAUACCAAAGGUUAUAUCCAGGUCCUUGUCAUCGCUCCGGAUAGUAUGUUAGGAACAUCAGCAGAUGCGAAGAUCACAUCUGUUGGAAGAUGGUCUGUGUUUGGUGAAGUGAUAGAAGGAUCUGUUGCAGUAAAUGAAGCAUCACUUAAGCAAAAUUGUGCUGAAGUGCGGCAAGAAAACAGCCAAAAUCACGUGGAGGAAGCCACUUGUACUACAAAAACCUGCGAUUCCUGUGCAUGCUCAGGUUCAGAAAGCGCAGCACAGCAAUGUAGCCCUCCAUCUGUUGCACCCACAAAUCGUGCUGAAGCUGCUCGUCAGGAAACACCUCAGCCUACCCUUGUGAGAAGAAAUGUGGAGGGGACAGUAAAAACAAGUGAAAUUGAUACAGCAACACCGACAGCGAAGGAUCAGCAGCCAAAUGUAAUUGCUAGGAGAGCGCUAAACAUUGACAGGAUUCUUUGGGGUGGCUUGGCCGUAAGCUUUGCCACAACGGUGGUCGUACUUGUGCUGCUUACCUACAAGAUUUCUCACACGCCCUCCUAUUAGGCUGGAGCUUGUAACUGUAAUUUCAUCUCCUAUAGAAUUCUCCUAUAGUAUUUUUCGGAGACUCCCGUUUUCUGAAACUUGUGUGUUGAGAACGAGGAACGUGGAUCAUAUUUCUGUUUGAGGCA